AUGCUAUUGUUGCUGCCAUCCACUGGAUCCCCGGCCAAAAUGCCAGGUGAACAAAGUAACGCGAUUGACAAAGCCCGCGAGCGCAUCAAGGAUUCCUUCACGCAUUUGAUCCAUGAGGUGCCAUCAGCCACCCAUUACCAACCUCAAUGGUCCAAGUUGGACCAGCUACCCGAGGAGGAAUUGUUGCCUGAGUAUGUCUCGGCCAUCCAAUCUUUGCGACAGCUUCUGUUCACUCAACUUCAAGGUGCCAGGCCAUUGCAGGCCGCCAGUGUUGCUGCCCAGCUGCGAAUGUAUGUGGACCUUGUGCAGAAAGAUCACUUCAGCAUAUCUUUGGCCAAAGAAGCCUUUGAGGAUUCUCACGUAGCCCAGCUUUGCGAGAAAUUUGGGGUUCUGGCGCAGGAGUUUGCUGGUGACUUACCAUCCUUGAACCUCUCCGCGGCUAUGGACUUGUCUGAGCAGUCCAUCCAAGAACAGCGCGACUUGAUCAUCAAGGAUUUUCAUUUGGGUGAUGGCUUUUUGCGCCGGCUGCAGCAGUGCUUUCGCAAGAAGAGGGAUGAGUUGGAAGACAUCAAUCAAGAGAUGGUCUUGGCAGAAUGGCAGAAGGAGGUGCACAGUGUGGCGGAGUCAGGUCGGUGCUUCAUCCUUUCCAAGUUGGCCAUCGAACUGCCAAAGUACAGGAAAACAUACGGCGCGAUCUUCAGCAAAUCUGUGGAGGCGAAGGCGCGGGACUUUGCGUUGCAGGUGCAACGCUCACGUGUCGCCGGGUGUGUCCUGUUGCGACACUUUGCAGUGCCAGUGGCGCCGUGGUUUGCCUGGCCAGUCAUGGCCCUCUACAUCAGGCAAGGCGCUCUCUCCGGCAUCUUGACGAUGGCCGUGCAUGGCGUGGUGCUGGCGGGGAUCUAUUCCAUCCUACAGUUUAUGGGUCGCCUGCCUUUCUAUGUCGACUUGGAUUAUCAAGUUCUCAAGCAUCAUCCAGGUCUACUGGAGUUUGUCAUGAAGUAUCCGCAGAUCCCUUGGGACUUGCUCUCCCAGUUCAUUGCCAUUCUCGGAUGGAUUCGGGUGGCCUGGAUCGUUGCUUCCCAAAUCUUCAGGCCCCCUGAGACGAGAACCAUAGGACAACUCUCUAAUCUGGAGAUCAAGCUCAACACCAUACUGGAACGCACCGAGGCCCAGAUGAAGAAAGAGAUCAUCACCGCAGCCCUGGAAGCAGCACUUUGGAUCGACAGCAACGACCCUUCGGCCGCGGCUCUGG